CUUUUAUUGAAGCGAUAAGUCGCCCCAUCGAAGUAUGCACCUUACUUUUUCCCUCGGACAGGGCUGGAAACCAUGCCUGGAAAGAGCAGAAACACGGACAAUGGAGUAAAGUUUCUUUCCGCCAGUUUGUGGAUUACUUUCAGCGUCUGUUUAGUCGGUGUUCGCUGUCAGGAGGGUAACGAUUGUGGACAUGCGCUGCUGGGAGCAGAGUCAGGCACAUUGGCCUCUCCCAACUACCCAGGCACCUAUCCCAGCAACACCUGGUGUAAAUGGAGGCUCCGUGUGCAGGAGGGCCGGACGCUACGGCUGCUCUUUGGAGACUUUGACAUUGAGAGCAGUCCAGGCUGCAGAAACGGAUCCUUAGUGAUCACAGGCAAGAGCGGAGAACGAAGACUGGGUCCAGUGUGUGGGAGGCUUAAUGCAACAAUGAAGAAUGUGACUCUUGAAACCAAUGAAGUGACGGUAACAUUCAUGUCCGGCCCACACCGCUCUGGACGAGGGUUUCUGCUCUCUUAUGCAACCGACCAGCAUCCAGAUCUGAUCACUUGUUUACAAAGAGGAUCCCAUUUUAGCUUUCAGCGUUUAAUUGUUUACUGCCCAGCUGGAUGUAAGGAUGUUCCGGGGGACAUUUGGGGAAACUCUGAGCAGGGUUACAGAGACACUUCAGUCCUGUGUAAGUCUGCGGUCCACAGCGGAGCCACGUCUGACGCCUUGGGAGGCCGAGUCACUGUGAAUCAGGGGAGAAGUCUCACACUCUAUGAAUCCACCUUCGCCAACGGAAUCCUCUCUAAGACGGGGUCAUUAUCCGAGAAGAAGCUGCUUUUUAGCAGAGAGUGUAACAACAUCCUGGCUGUCUCUCCUCUAAAUGCAUCGUCUCUCUGGGACAAAAACAGGGAGGAGCACACAGUGCUCUCAUCGUCCAGAAACACGGAGCCAGGCCCCGACUUCCUGCGCUGGACAGCAGACAGCGGGGAUCCCAACCCCUGGGUGGAGAUUGAACUAUCUGAAAGGAGCAGUGUGACAGGAUUGGUCACAACAGGCUCAUCGACGAACUACAUCGAAUCCUACAGUCUGCAGUUCAGUAAGGACAGAAAGAGCUGGAAGACUUACAAAGAUGCUGCAAGCAAAGAGAGAAAGGUGUUCCAGGCUUACACAGACGGCCACCUCAGGGUGCUCAACAACCUGUUCCCUGCGGUCGUCGCUCGGUUUGUUCGGCUUCAGUCACUGAGCUGGCGUGGCAGAGCCUCUGCUCAGGUUGAGCUUCUGGGCUGCCCCGCUGCCAAGGCCACGCCGAGGUCACGACCUCAUGGAGGAGAAUCUCCUUCAAUCAAAUUUAACGUGGACAACCUAAACCCAAGCCCCUCUCCCACUCCCACAGAGAAGACACCGUUUGUGGAAACAACUCAAAGCCCCAGUCAGCCAGUGAUCAUCGCAGUGGGAGUGGUCCUGGGACUGGUGAUGUGUGGGAGCUGCUUAUUGGCUGGAAUCUGGUGGAAACGAAGGAAAAAGGACUCCCAAAUGAAGAACUCCUUACCCACAGUUGACUGUCAGAGUCUGAAAGCGAAGAGUCUGUUGCAUCCAUCAUCAGAGCUGAUCUCAUACCCGCUGGUGCGAAACGUACACGAUGCUCUACCAAGUCCCCCUCUAAACGACUAUGCUGCUCCUGCCGUCACAGCUGGUGGACAGAAGCUUGGAUCUACAUUCAGGCCCUCUUCCAACGAUGGAUACACCACCCCGUUCACCUGCGCUCAUUAUGACACACCUGGCAGCGUUCCAGAGUACGCCGAGCCUCUACCUCCGGAGCCCGAGUACGCCACUCCUUUCAGCGAGCUGCCCCCCGAACAUAAACCGCCCACCUUGACGGGGUUACUUCACAGCACUGCACAGAGACCUCUCGCUCAUGUGUCCACCGGUCACAGUCGGUAUGACUGCCCCUCACACAGGGUGCUGUUCAACGGCUACUGCACCCCAGCUCUGCAUGCCGGCAGCCCUCGACCUGCCAGCGAAGUCUAUGCAGAGCCCAAAUCAACUGACUCCUUAAUAAGGAAGCACACAUAUGAGGAGCCUUUGUGAAUCCAAGCAGCUCAGCUGUGGAGAUCUGCGUGAACUAGAGGAGCUCUGAGAUCUUAUGACGGAAACCGGAAUUUUCCUCUCAGGAAAAACUCCUGCUGACCGGUCGCUGAAUGUUCAAGGACAUCAGGAGUCACUCUAAAUAUAAACAAAGAGGACACCAGGGUUGAACACUGAAAAAAAAAAGAUCUGAGACCCACAGAGACCAAUAUAUGCGUACUUGUACAGUUUUUAUUUUAUAAAAUGCACAGAGAAGCUCCAAGUUUGAUUGUUGUCUGAGAGAAACAGUCUGCCAACGAAAUGCUCAAUCACAAGCUGCACUUUCUACAGAAACAAACACGUCCAUCUUUUUUUAAAAAGAUUAAUGCAAAACAGAACUUGCUGUAAAAGAAACACUGUAAAUGUUAGACAGGUUUGAAGCUGUGACUAAAUGUGACCACUAGGUGGCACCAGAGAGCUUCAGACCUCUAAUAAUAUACUGUAUUGUGUAUCUUUAUGUGGAGAAAUAACCUGUUUAAAAAGGACUUGGGAGCUAUAGUACAGCAGAGGCACAAGAAUAAAGGAGAAGAAAAGUAUCAUGAACCUUUCAUUUUAUAACACAUUUGAUAUCAGGGAAUUUUCUCCAAACUCUGCUAGAUGUAGGAAGAAGUGCAAAAUUAAAUUAACAGAGCUUGUAUUCUUAUUAAAAUUGUAUGCAAAGUCCAUUGGA